AUGGUUCCCGUGCUCCCAGGCCUGUACUUGGGCUGCGGCCUAGCGGGCGCCGAGGCGGGAGAGGCGACGGCGCUGCUGUCGGUGGACUCGGAGCCGCCCGGGGGCGCGGGGGCCGGGCCGGAGGAGGUGCUGCACGUCCCGCUGCUGGACGAGCCCCGGAGCGACCUGCUGAGCCGCCUGGACGCCUGCGCCGCCUUCAUCAGCCGCGCCCGGGAGCGGGGCGGAGCCGUCCUGGUGCGGUGUCAUGCAGGGGUCAGCCGAAGCGUUGCUGUCGUCACUGCUUAUUUAAUGAAAGUGAAUAACCUCCCUUUUGAAGAGGCCUAUGCCUUUGUCCAGGCUCUUAGGCCAGAAGCCAAAAUGAACGAAGGUUUUGAGUGGCAGCUGCAACUCUAUGAAAAAAUGGGCUGUGAAGUUGAUGUAACCAGUGUCCUUUACAAACAGUAUCGUUUGCAGAAGGUUAUAGAGAAAUAUCCUGAGCUACAAGUCCUGCCGCGAGAGGUUUUCGCCGCUGACCCAAGCGCUGGACACCAGACUCCAAGUUAUGAACCUCUGUAUAAGUGCAGGAAAUGCAGGCGCCUGCUCUUUCAGAGUUCGAGUAUUCUGACUCACAUGGAAGGCAAGGGGCCUGCUGCUUUUGCGCACAAGAGACUCCCGGACCCUGCCUCUUUUCAACGUGGCGGCCCUUCUACCUGCACUUCUUAUUUCGUCGAGCCUGUACAGUGGAUGGAGCCAGCCCUUCUCGGGGUGCUGGAAGGGCAGCUUCUGUGCCCCAAAUGCUCCUCAAAGCUGGGCUCCUUCCACUGGCAUGGCGAGCAGUGUUCCUGCGGCCAUUGGGUGACCCCUGCCUUCCAGAUUCACAAGAGUCGGGUGGAUGAAGUGAAAGGGCUUCCUGCGGGCAGUCUGCAGUCGGGGAAAUGAACUUGGUU